CCCGCGGCGGCGGCCGCUGACAGGGCGGCGCGGCCGGCGUUGGCGGCCAGCGGCAUGCCCCGUCGAGGCGCCCGGCAAGGAACUGAGAAUGAAAUUGCUGUGGAAAGCUAAAAUGAGCUCAAUUCAGGACUGGGGUGAAGAGGUAGAAGAGGGAGCUGUUUACCAUGUCACCCUUAAAAGAGUGCAGAUUCAGCAGGCUGCCAACAAAGGAGCAAGAUGGCUAGGGGUUGAAGGGGACCAAUUACCUCCAGGACAUACUGUCAGCCAAUAUGAAACAUGUAAGAUCAGGACAAUAAAAGCUGGAACUUUGGAGAAACUUGUGGAGAACCUUCUGACAGCUUUUGGGGAUAAUGAUUUUACCUACAUCAGUAUCUUUCUGUCAACAUACAGGGGAUUUGCUUCUACUAAGGAAGUACUGGAACUUCUCCUUGACAGGUAUGGAAACCUGGAGACCUCAAGCUGUGCAGAUGACAGGAGCCAGAAUUCCUCCACGUCCAAAGCAGUACUCAGGAAUGCAAUAGCAUCAAUCUUAAGAGCCUGGCUUGACCAGUGUUCUGAGGAUUUCAGAGAGCCACCCAGCUACCCGUGUUUGCUGAAAUUGCUGGAUUACCUUAAGAGGAGUAUGCCUGGCUCUGACCCGGAGAGGAGGGCACAGAACCUCUUGGAGCAGUUCCAGAAGCAAGAAGUGGAAAAUGACAAUGGGUUCCAUAGCACUUCCCCAUGUAACCUAGAUGAUGAAGAAGAAAUGGAGAUUAGUGGUCCAGAAGAAUUCUCUUUUUUCCAAGAAGACCUCGUGGCAGAGCAGUUGACAUACAUGGAUGCAAAGCUCUUCAAGAAAGUUGUACCCCACCACUGUUUGGGAUGCAUCUGGUCUCGAAGGGAUAAGAAAGAGAACAAGCACCUGGCACCUACCAUCAGAGCCACCAUCUCUCAGUUCAAUGCGGUUACCAAAUGUGUUGUCAGCACUAUCCUGAAGAGCAAGGAACUCAAAACACAGCAGAGAGCCAAGAUCGUUGAGAAGUGGAUUCAUAUUGCGCAUGAAUGUCGUAUCCUGAAGAAUUUUUCCUCCUUGAGGGCCAUCGUUUCAGCACUGCAGUCCAACUCCAUCUAUCGGCUGAAGAAGACCUGGGCUUCUGUUCCAAAAGACAGAAUGCUGAUGUUUGAAGAGCUGUCUGAUAUCUUCUCGGAUCAUGACAAUUAUUUGACAAGUAGAGAGCUGCUAAUGAAGGAAGGAACAUCCAAAUUUGCAAAUCUGGACAGUAGCGUGAAAGAAAACCAGAAAAGAACACAGAGGCGUCUUCAACUUCAGAAGGAUAUGGGAGUAAUGCAGGGCACAGUACCAUAUCUUGGUACCUUCCUUACUGAUCUGACCAUGCUUGACACAGCUCUUCAGGACUAUAUUGAGGGUGGCCUGAUAAAUUUUGAGAAGAGGCGAAGGGAAUUUGAAGUAAUUGCCCAAAUUAAGCUCUUGCAAUCUGCAUGUAACAGCUAUUGCAUGACACCAGACCAAAAAUUCAUCCAGUGGUUCAGGAGACAACAGCUUUUAACUGAGGAGGAGAGUUACAGCCUUUCAUGCGAGAUUGAAGCAGCUGUUGACACUAGCGCCACAUCACCGAAACCUCGGAAAAGCAUGGUGAAGAGGCUCAGCCUACUGUUCCUUGGAUCAGAGGUGAUCACCAAUAGCACCCCCACCAAAGAGCAACCCAAAUCUACUCCAAGUGGGAGCUCUGGUGAAAGCAUGGACUCUGUCAGUGUUUCGUCAUGCGAGUCUAAUCAUUCUGAAUCUGAAGAAGUCUGCAUCACUCCCAUAGACACUCCUGAUGAGCCUCAGAAAAAGCUCUCUGAAUCCUCCUCCUCCUCUUCAUCCAUCCAUUCCAUGGACACGUCUUCCUCAGGGGUGUCAUCCUUAACCAACGUAAUCUCAUCCCCUCCCUUCUUGUCCUCCAAUCCCAAGAUCCACAAGCGCUCUAUCUCCGUGACAUCCAUUACCUCAACAGUACUGCCUCCUGUUUACAACCAGCAGAACGAAGAUACGUGCAUCAUCCGAAUCAGCGUAGAAGACAACAAUGGCAAUAUGUACAAGAGCAUCAUGCUAACUAGCCAAGACAAAACUCCUGCUGUCAUCCAGAGAGCUAUGUCAAAGCACAACCUCGAGUCUGAUGCUGCUGAGGAUUAUGAGCUUGUACAAGUCAUCUCUGAGGACAAAGAGCUCGUGAUCCCAGACGGCGCUAAUGUGUUCUACGCCAUGAACAGCCAGGUGAACUUCGAUUUCAUCCUGCGGAAAAAAACUUCAAUUGACGGGCAGGUGAAAAUGAGGAGCCGAUCGAGUUUGACACUCCCCAGAACUGCCAAACGGGGGUGCUGGAGUAACAGGCACAGCAAAAUAACACUUUGAAGGAGAGAAGCCCGCAUACAGGUGAACUGAGAAAAGUACCUUUGCUACCAUCCAGUAUUACAGAGUCACAGCAGAUGAAUGUGUCAGUAUUCAACUUUGAAACUAUUUGAGACUGAAAUGCAAAACAAGCAUUGCUAGACCUACAGCCAGAGGUGUCUCUCUCCUCCCCUGCACCUGGAGAUAGACAGACAGACAUGGAUUUAUGGGACAGUCUGGACUAGGAAUUUUUUCUUUUGCACAUUAGCCUAGGAAGGUUAGGGCCCCAUUUACAGGGGAAAACAGGACUGGUUGUCUUAAGAACACCACGUAAGCCAACUCUGGAGAGAAAAUAUUUUCCUUUGUGCCAGUAUUACACAGAACAUCUAAAUUUAUUUUUAUAAAACUGGAGAAGAAAAGUCGCAAUAAAAUUCUGCCUGAACCAAGGAGAAGGUCCCAGCCAGCCUCCAGCUGACUGAGAGCACUGGUCUGCAGAAGGUGUGGGUGAGCUGAGAGCUACUAACAGUUGCUGCCUCCAGGAGGCAUUUGCAUUCAUGAAAAAGCAGGGUGGGUAUGUCCCCAAAACACUCACUCACCUCUGGAGACAAAAAGAGAAUCUACAAUUAUAUGAUGUAUUGCUUUCACACAGCUGGCUUUUUUUUUUUUUUUUUUUUUUUUUUUUUUUGCACUUGUUCAAAGCCAGAAAAAUACAUGUUUUGGAUUUUUUUUUUUCCAAAGAACACUAAAAGAACGGACUGCACUUGCUUUUGGAUGAAUGUCAUGAUUUGUUAAUGAACAAGGCAAAGUCAAACACUACUUGUCUGGAUUUUGUUCUUGUCUUAAUGCCACUACACUGUGGUUUUCCUUACGCUUUGCUAACCUAUCGAACAGAGGUCAAUGCCUUUUGCAUGUACUCCAAAAUGACUGAUGUACCUCUUUCUUUGUAAUGUGCAAUCACUCUUCAUGAGCAAAAAUUUUGCCUGCAUUAAUGCACAUUUUCAUUCCAUGAGAAGCAACCCCACCACCUUUUGUUUUAAAAGUGGAUAUUGAGAGGAGACUGCCAGGUUUACUGUAUUGCCCCAAACAACCAGAGAUUUUUAUAUACUUAUAGCAUUAUUAUGCGUAACCUCCAAACAACUCUCUUGCUCUUUCUAUAUAUCUACUAAAUGGAUUUCCAGACAUGGUACAUCCUUUCAGCUGGAAUAAAGAAUUUAGUCAUAUGUUCUCUGUGAAACUUUAAAUAAAUAACAUAUUUUUAUGUCUCUUGCCAGAAUACAGGCUUCCUUGAAAGGACACAGGGGUUAUAUUUUAAAAAGCCAUAAAUGAGACAACGGAUUGUAAACAACCCUUACUGAACAGACUGUCUUUGGGAUACAUAAGUAUUAGUUAAAAUAAACUUAAAUACUGAAUUUUA